CUAAGCAUGGACUGCACACCGCGGCCAGCACCGGGCAGGAAACGUAACCCUCCCUCUCUCCUGGGGCUUCGAGUCUGUGCUCAGAACGCAGAUAAAACACAGGUGCUCACGCUUCUCUUGUUUGAGUUAAAAAUAACGUCCAGCAUCUCGGGCUCACAGAAAGUGCUCAUCCAGGGUGUGGUACAUGAAUGGCCCGCAGCUGUUGACAGGGUCACGAGGUGGCCCGAGUCACUGGAACGGUCCGGUUUACGCUGGUGCCAGUCUCAUGAGUGCCGUGCCCCAUCUCAGGCCCACGGCGCCCCAUCUGGGCAUUCACGUUUUGCUGUUGUUAUCCAGCCCCUCAGUCGUGUCUCUUUGUGACCCCACGGACUGUAGCACGCCAGGCUUUUCCGACCCCCACUGUUCAGAGUUUUCCCAGAUUCAUGUCCAUGGGGUCAGUGAGAGAUGAGACAAAAACCCUUCCUGGAAGAGGUCAGAGCAGGCACAUCCGGCCAGGCUGCAGGUGGGAGAAGCGCACGCAGACAAAGGAGGGAGGGGGAACUGGUGAGGCCCUUGGGGAAGGGUUGUCGUCACCGGCCAGGGGAAACUUUUACAUCCAUUUCAGAUCAGUGCUGGCACUCGCAAUCAGCCCACCCAUCAAGAUGCAGGGAACUGGGCACUGCCCAUCAUCACACAGGAAGAGCAGGCCCUGGCCCCUGGAGCGCUCCUUCCACCCUGAGAGGCUGACCACAAACAGGUCAAUGUCAGAGGAGAAUGAGGCUGGGAGAUGGGGGUGGGGGGGUACUGCUCUGUAGGGAAAGACCAGAAGGAGCUACGCCCCCUCCUCCAGAUGACAUCUGGGCAAAGAUCUGCAGAGGUGAAGGGUGAGACAGGCAGCCAUGCGGGGAAGAGCAUUCCAGUUCAGGAAGAGUCCGCGCAGAGGCCCUGGGGUGGGGCCCAGGAGACCACCUGGGCUGGAGCGGAGUCAGCGAGUGCAGGCAGGCGGCAGGAGCUGGGCAGUGGGCACCACCACCAAGCUUUUAAGAUCCAGUUUUGACCAUGAGACAGCAGCCCCCGUGAGGCAGUCAGUGGAGGAAUGACAAGCCGUGGGACCAGGUAAGAGGUUGCCCAUUCAUCUAGGGCACGAGCUGAUGACUUCUUCCGCAAAGGGCCAGAAAGCAAAUACUCCUAGCCUUGCCUGACACGGGGUCUGUGCCCCAGCUCCUCAACGUGGCCUGAGUGGUGAACACAGCUGGAGGUGGGCCGUGAAGCAGAGGUUUCCCCUCUGUUCUGAGAAAACUCCAGUCAGGACACUGACAUUUGAAUUUCACAGAAUUUCCAUAUCAUGAAAUAUUCUUUUUUCUUCCCAGCCAUUGAAAACUGAAAAAACAUGCUUAGCUUGGGGUCAAAUAAAAAACGCUGGCGGCAGGAUUUAGACCGCAGCCAUCCUUUACUGUCCACCCGCCAGCCCCCAGCUUUACAACAGACCUCCACCACCGUCCUGGGCCAGACAGAACCCAGCAGCCGCUGGGGUAGGAGAACAAAAGGAACAAAACCUGUUGCGACCAACUUAAGACUUGAUAAUAAGCAAAUUAAAAGAGGGCGGGAGAAGGUCCUAAGUUCUCGCCCGCCUGUCGCAGAGGUCAGGCCUCUGGGACUGGAGUGCGAUCAGAGGCCAGACAGGCAGGCAGAGGGCGGGGGUCACGGACGGGCAGGCAGAGUUGGGGGGCGGGGGGCGUGGAGGCCGUUGUGGGGGGAGACAUGGCCAACUGACCCCACUGAAGCGGACCAGUCAUUGUUGAACGUAAGACGUCCUAACCGUUACAGCGAGACUUAGGGAAUGAACCUGUGUCUCGUUCUCGUACAAAGAUUUUACUCUUAAAUAAAUGCUCAGCCUCAGGCCUGGUUAGGCAGACAUCAGAAGAAGGCAGAUUGCAGGCCCCUCGUCCUUGGGAGCAGUGGGAUGGCCCAGGGAGGCAGAGUCUCCAAGAAGCUGACAUAUGCAUGACUGUGGAUCUGAAACGUGAGCAAGGCCUUUGUCUUACUUGGUUCCAUCUGUUGGAGAUGACGCAGAAGGAGCACCGUGCCAUCGACUCAUCAGCGUUCCCGCGUCCGAGACCAGCAGGUCCGCCCCGCGUGAGCGCACAUCUGCCCCGCGAUGCGUUUAGCGGGAGAACUCCGGGAGCACUGCGGUCUGCGCCGUGACGGGACACGCUCAUGAGUUUGCCCAUCCACUGCUCAGUGAGAUUCCUGCUUAUCCAUAUUCGUAAACAUCCCAAGAGAUAAGAGUUCUUUGGCCAGAACUGAAUAGUUAUGGUCAGUCAUGGAGAACCGCUGGGAGCCUUGUCCCCAAGGGGCAGGUGAUUCGGAGAAUACAAAUUUGAAAAUAGGAGAGGAAGAUGACCCUCAAACCCCUAAUCACAGUGUGGAGAGAAUGGACUUUGGAAGUGAGCCGGAGGACGGGAGGCAGGCGGGCCGCAGCGAGGAGCGGGCAGAGGGCGGUGCGGCGGGUGGCGCGGGCCGGCCCCCCGGGCGGGGCGCCUCCCCCGAGCCUGAGGAUGACUACGGGGCGCUGCUAGCGCAGUACGGCAGCACCCUCUACAGCGUGGCCAUGGAGGCCGUGACGCAGAGCCUGCUCUCCGGCCGCGGCCUGGGCUCCAGGAAGAAGUCCCCGGCCUGGAAGCACUUUUUCAUCUCGCCGCGGGACAGCACCAAGGCUGUGUGCACCUACUGCAUGAAGGAGUUCAGCCGCGGCAAGAACGAGAAGGACCUGAGCACCAGCUGCCUGAUGCGGCACGUGCGGAGGGCGCACCCCACCGCCACCAAGGCUGUGUGCACCUACUGCAUGAAGGAGUUCAGCCGCGGCAAGAACGUCCCCGCCUCCGCAGCCUCCUCCCCCGACCGGCCAGCGGAGGAGCCGCCCGCGAUCUGGGGCCCCGGCGGCGCGCCGUCCCCCUCCUCUGACGCGGGCGAGGCCUCCUGGGGGUCGUCUCCCGAGACGCAGCCUGGCGGCGCGCCGAGCCCUCAGCCGCGGGAGCCGGGCGCCGUGUUCCAGCAGAACAAGAAGGUGAUGAAGAGGCUGAAGUCGGAGGUGUGGCACCACUUCUCGCUGGCGCCCACGGACAGCCUCAAGGCCGUGUGCAGGCACUGCGGCUGCGCCAUCAGCCGCGGGAAGCGGGGCGACGUGGGCACCAGCUGCCUCAUGCGGCACCUCUGCAGGCGCCACCCCGAGGUGUCUGGGGACCAGAAGGGCUUCCUGGGCGCCGGCCUGGCCGGCUCACCCUACGCCACCCUGGCUUCCGCCGAAACGUCCUCCCGGUUGACGAACCUGCCGACCAUGGUCGCCAAAAACCAUCAAGCUGUGUUUCCCGUCAACAGCAAGAAGACCUCCAAGCUGUGGAACCAUUUUUCCAUCUGCUCGGCAGACCCCACGAAGGUCGUGUGCCUGCACUGUGGCCGGACCAUCAGCCGGGGCAAGAAGCCCACGAACCUGGGCACCAGCUGUCUCCUGCGGCACCUGCAGCGCUUCCACGGUGGCGCGCUGAAGCCCGAGGGCGCCUGGGCCGCCCCGCCCGGCACCCAGGCGCCCCUGGGCCCGCCUUCCGUAGGCGCCGCCACCUCUGACGGCGGCAGCGAGAAGCUUUACGAUUCUCACCCGGUUGCUAAGAAAAUCACAAGUCUCAUUGCUGAGAUGAUCGCCCUUGACCUCCAGCCGUACUCGCUGGUGGACAACGUUGGCUUCAACAGGCUGCUGGCAUACUUGAAGCCUCAGUACUCCCUGCCCGCGCCGGCCUACUUCUCCAGGACGGCCAUCCCAGGCAUGUACGAGGACGUGAAGCACGUCAUCAUGGCCCACCUGCAGGGAGCCGAGAGCGGUGUGGUCCACUUCACGUCGGGCAUCUGGGUGAGCAGCCAGACGCGGGAGUACCUGACCCUCACGGCCCACUGGGUCGCCUUCGAGCCCUCGGCCCGGCCACGCUGCGAGGACCACCACCGCUCGGCGCUGCUGGACGUGUCGCCGGUGGACUGCGACUGCAGCGGCAGCAGCGUGCAGGAGCAGCUGGAGAGCUGGUGGGAGGCCUGGGUGACGUCCAGCGGCCUGCAGGUGGGCAUCACCGUCACCGACAACCCCAGCAUCGGGAGGACGCUGAACGAGGGGGCGCGCUCCAGCGUGCCGUGCUUCAGCCACACGGUCAACCUCAUCGUCAGCGAGGCCAUCAAGAGCCAGAGGCUGGUCCAGAACCUCCUGAGCACCGCCCGGAAGAUCUGCGAGCGGGUGCAGCGCUCGCCCCGCGCCAAGGCCAAGCUGGCGGAGCUGCAGCGGGAGUACGGGCUGCCGCCCCACCACCUGCUGCAGGACGUGCCGUCCAAGUGGAGCACGUCCUUCCACAUGCUGGAGCGGCUGCUCGAGCAGAAGCGGGCGGUGAACGCGCUGUCCGUCGAGUGCGACUUCCGGGAGCUGCUGAGCUGCGACCAGUGGGAGGUGAUGCAGUCCGUGUGCCACGCCCUGACGCCCUUCGCCGCCGCCAGCCAGGAGAUGAGCGCGCACGUGUCCACGCUGAGCCAGGUCAUCCCCAUGAUCCACAUCCUCAGCCGCAGGGUGGAGAUGCUGUUCCAGGAGACCACGGGCAUCGAUGCCAUGCUCCGCGCCCUCAGGGAGGCCAUAGUGAGCCGCCUGUCCGCCACGCUGCACGACCCCAGGUACGUGCUGGCCACCCUGCUGGACCCGCGCUACAAGGCCUCCCUGUUCUCCGAGGAGGAGGCAGAGCAGUACAAGCAGGACUUGAUCAGGGAGCUGGAAACGCUGGAUCCUACCUCAGAGCCCGCGCCCGUCCCCAACGGCUGCGAGCCGGGCUCCCCGCCCCGAGACUGCGCUGGCGAGGAGAGCCUCUGGGCGCUCAUGGCCAAGCUGAAGAAGAGCGAGCGCGGAGGGCGGCCCAAGGUCCCCGAGGACAUGGUUCUCGCCUACCUGGAGGAGGAGGUGCUGGAGCACAACUGCGACCCGCUUGCCUACUGGAGCCUCAAGAGGGCCGCCUGGCCCGGCCUCUCCGCCUUGGCCGUGCGCUUCCUGGGCUGCCCCCCAAGCAUCGUCCCCUCCGAGCGGCUGUUCAGCACGCCCCCCGAGAAUGGCAGCUUCGGCCAGUCCAGGCUCCUGAUGGAGCAUUUUGAGAAACUCAUCUUUCUGAAAGUGAAUCUUCCCUUAAUAUGCUUCCAGUACUGA